AUGCAAUUGUUUUCACUUGUUUGGGCUAAGAGAAGCUUACAGACGCACGGUCUUAACCUCCGCACCCCAUUAACCGUCUUCCGCCCGCCCAAACCCACAUUCAAAUGCAUUCAGACACUGUGUCAAGGAACCUGGCAAGAGCUUAAAGAAGAUAUUGCUCAUACCAUUUCCAGCUUCUGUUUCUCUUCCAAACACCUUCAACAACUCCAUGCCCGUGCAAUCUCUUUUAGCCUCCAUCACAAUCUUUACAUCUGCAGUCUCUUAAUCUCCAGCUACUGCACAUUCGGCCACUUCGAAACCGCUCGCCGCAUCUUUGAUGACCAAAUCUCGAAACCUUCAAAAACCCUUUUGUGGAAUUCCUUGAUGAGGGGUUAUUUCAAAAAUCAACGGCCCAAAUCAGUCAUCCAAAUUUACCACGAGAUGAUGGAAUCUCCAGCUGAAUGCAUGCCAGAUAACCAGACCUUCAACCUUGUCAUCACUGCCUGCACCAAUCUGUCAGAAUUUGAAUUGGGUUCCCAAAUCCAUGCCCAUGCUCGGAACACGGGACUCCAAUUUGACAUUCUUGUCGGGACUGCCCUCAUCUCCAUGUACUGUAAAGCUGGGGAUCUUGAAAGAGGGCGCUUAUUGUUUGAUGGGAUGCCUGUGAGAGAUGUAGUUUCAUGGAAUGCCAUGAUUGCAGGGUAUGCACAACAAGGGUCGCUUCCUGAGGUUCUACGCCUUUUCCGGAGCAUGAGAUUAGUGCAAGGAAUUCGACCUACAGAGGCCACCAUAGUUAGCUUGGCCUCAGUUUGCGGGGCUUUGGGUUCACUUCAAGACGGAGAGGCUAUCCAUGCCCAUGCAGUUAAGAUUGGAUUUGGAGCUGAUCAAUUCGUCUGUAAUUCUCUGAUGGAAAUGUAUAUAAAAUGCAAUCACUUGAAUUCUGCAUUCAUACUCUUCAACGGGAUGAUAUUAAAGGAUGCUGUUUCAUGGAGUACGAUGAUUGGUGGGUAUGUUCGGAGUAGGCAUUCUAGUGAUGCCCUGAAACUCUUCGAUAAGAUGAUUUUAACUACGAGGAUUCUGCCCACCAGACCCAUCUUGCUUAAUGUGCUUCUUGCAUGUUCUGAUUUGGGUGAUUGGCGACGGGGUGAAAGGAUUUCUAAGGAUUAUAUAAAAUGUAGUGGUAACCAAUUUGAAUCAGAUGCAUGUUUAAUUACUCUUCUUAUAUACAUGUAUGCAAAGUGUGGAAAGAUGGAAACGUCAUUACAGCUCUUGGAGGGAAUUUCUGCAGAGAGGGAGGAGGUGAUCGCAUGGAAUGCUGUCAUCAAAGCUUGCUCGGAGCUCGGAAGAGUUGGUACGGCAUCAAUUUUCUUGCUUGAAAUGCAAAGGAGAGGCAUCAAUCCAGACCCUGUCACCUUCUUAACAUUACUUCCACUGUUUUCUUCAACUGCGUUGCUAAGAAAGGGAAUGGAAGCUCACACUCAUGUUAUUAAAAGAGGUUUCGAACUAGAAAGAUCGAUAGCUCAUUCCCUCAUGGAUAUGUAUGCGAAAUGUGGAAGUAUCGAAGAUUCACGUGAUAUUUUUAAUGCUAUUCCAGAUAAGGAUGUGAUCUCAUGGAGUUUAAUAAUAAAGGGUUAUGGAUGGAAUGGUAAUGGGAAUGAAGCUGUUGAUCUUUUCCGGCUAAUGAAGGAAACAGGAACGAGGCCAAAUCAUAUCACCUUUGUUGCCAUUUUAACUGCUUGUAGCCAUGCAGGUUUUGUGGAGGAGGGAAGGAAGGCGUUCAAAUCUAUGAAAGAGGAGUAUGAGCUAGAACCAGCUAUGGAACAUUAUGCUUGUAUGGUGGGUCUUCUCUGCCGAGCUGGACUUUUGUCAGAGGCAUAUUUGCUGAUGGAAAAUAUGGGAAUAAAGGCAUGCAACAGUGCUAUCCUGUGGGGGACCUUGUUGAAUGCUUGUAGAGAAGAAGAUAAUUUGGUGUUUGGAGAAGAAGCGGCAAGGCAUUUGUUCUUCUUGGAGCCAAAAAGUGCAGCCAAUUACAUAAUGCUUGCUAAAAUCUAUGUCUCAGCAGGACGUGCAGACGACGCCAAUGGUGUGUUAAGAUUAUUGAGAGAGAAGGGUUUGGCAAAGAACCCUGGUUACAGCUGGCUUGAGGGAGGCCAAAGUCUCUUUGACAUCUUUGGUUAA